CAUGAGUUCAGUUUAGAACGGACAAUCCCGGGGUCGCUACGUCAGUCUGGUGUCCCAUUGGGAUGUAUCCUCGGUACUUCCCGGUUUCCCACCAGCAUCGCCCAGAAGCCGCCUGUUGCCCACGCUGGAGCCCUGGAGAGCCCACGGCCGCUGGCGACCACUUCUCCAGCUGUCCGUAAUGUGAGAUCAGAACUCGCCGCCCGAAAUCAUAUCACACUUUCUGCAUCUGUAAGAAGCUUCCUAAAAUCAAUGAACGACUUCAGCCUGUCUGAUCCUGUGCCGAAAGCGGACCGCGGUGCCGCGGAGCUGGCUUGGAUAACUUGGUUCAAUGAGUGAAAGUGGCUGUUUUAAGAUGCUCUGGAAAUCGCCUCUCGGCUCAGAUACCCAGUGAGUCUGUCAGCUGUCUACACCAUGGAUCAAAUGUUUAAGGCUGUUCUGUUCCUGUAUGUGGCAGAGUCUGCCUUUGCCAAGGAACCCAUCCAACCUGCGGUCAACAUCGCUGUUAUACUUGGAGGCUCUUGGUACCACAUGGAAUUCAAAGGUAGCUUCAAUGGAGACAUCUUCCAAGACCUGCCCAUACAAAUCAACACUGUCACACUAAUAAUGAACAACACUAAUCCCAGCAGUCUGAUCUCAAACAUCUGCGAGGUGCUGCCCAGAUCCAGGAUCCACGCCAUUAUCUUUGAGGACGUUAUUGAAUCUGAGGCUGUGGCGUUGAUUCUGGACUUCAUGUCUGCACACGUCUCAGUACCCAUCAUCGGAAUGAACAGAGGUUCCACACUUGUGCUGAAUCCAAAGGCCCAUCGCUCUGCAUUUCUCCAGCUAGGGGCUUCUGUGGAACAUCAGAUCAGGGUCAUAUUCAAAGUAAUGGAAGAGUAUGACUGGGGGAGCUUUGCCAUCAUCACCAGCUUCUUCCCUGGAUAUUUGGAGUUUCUGGACCACAUCAGGCUUCAUGUUGACACCAGCUAUUUUGAGUGGGAAGUUGUACAGACUCUUACGCUGGAAAUGACGCGAGAUGGCAACGAUUCAACAACCAAGCGGCUUCUCCAGCAGAUUGAUGCACAAGUUCUGAUUCUGUACUGCUCGCGACAGGAGGCGGAGUACCUUUUCGAAAUGGCUGACCAGGCAGAUCUCUUAGGCCCAAGCUAUGUCUGGAUACUUUCCAGUAUUGCAGUUGGCAACCCAGAACAGGUGGCAAAGCAAUUCCCUGCAGGCUUGAUCAGUGUAAUGACAGAGCGGUGGAAGAUGAGCGUCAGGGAAAGGGUGCUGGAUGGCAUGGCAAUCAUCGCAAAGAGUGCAGAGAACCUUUACAAAACAUAUGGAUAUAUUCCUGAAGCAAGAGCUGAUUGCAUGAAUCCGGUUCAAGGGGGCAUGGAGAGCAUAUUGUACAGGCACAUGUUGAAUGUUAGCUGGGGAAGUAAAGAAUUCUCUUUCAAUGAGGAUGGAUAUUUGGUGAGACCACCGAUGGUUGUAUUGAAGUUGAACAAUGGCAGGUUUUGGGAGCAGGUUGGGAGAUGGAAAAAUGGCCUGAUAAGGAUGAAAUAUCCAGUGUGGCCAAGAUACACGGCAUUCCAGGAGCCUGUUCUCGACAGUGAUCAUCUAACUGUUGCCACGUUAGAGGAGAGACCCUUUGUGAUUGUUGAGGAAGUGGAUUCUGAAAAUGGCGCAUGUGUGCGGAACACAGUUCCCUGCAGGAAGCAAGUGAACCUCAGUGACAGUGUUGUUGAUGGAUAUACCAAGUUGUGUUGUAAGGGAUUCUGCAUUGAUAUACUAAAGAAACUCGCCAAAACAAUCAAGUUUUCCUAUGACCUUUACCUUGUGACCAAUGGAAAGCAUGGAAAGAUUGUGCAUGGGACGUGGAACGGAAUGAUUGGCGAGGUGUUCUAUCGGAGGGCAGAUAUGGCCAUUGGCUCACUGACGAUAAACGAGGAACGCUCUGCAAUUGUGAGUUUUUCUGUUCCCUUUGUGGAGACUGGGAUUAGCGUGAUGGUUGCCAGGAGCAACGGGACAGUCUCCCCAUCGGCUUUCCUUGAGCCCUACAGUCCAGCUGUGUGGAUGAUGAUGUUUGUGAUGUGCCUGAUGGUAGUUGCUCUCACUGUCUGUGUUUUCGAGUACUACAGCCCUGUCGGAUAUAACCAAAACCUCCAGAGUGGCAAGAUUACAGGGGGUCCAACAUUUACCAUAGGCAAAUCGGUGUGGCUUCUCUGGGCAUUGGUCUUCAACAACUCUGUCCCCAUUGAAAAUCCCAAAGGUACAACCAGCAAAAUCAUGGUCCUAAUCUGGGCCUUCUUCGCCGUCAUCUUCCUGGCAAGUUACACCGCAAACCUGGCAGCAUUCAUGAUCCAAGAGCAAUUCAUUGACACCGUCUCAGGCCUCAGCGACAGGAAGUUUCAGAAACCUCAGGAUCAAUACCCGGCAUUUCGAUUUGGCACAGUUCCCAACGGCAGCACCGAGAGGAACAUCAAAAACAACUACCCAGAUAUGCACUCCUACAUGACCAGAUACAACCAACGUUCAGUGGAGGAUGCUCUGGCUAACCUGAAAUCAGGGAAGCUUGAUGCAUUUAUUUAUGAUGCAGCUGUUCUCAACUACAUGGCUGGGAAGGAUGAAGGCUGUAAGCUUGUUACCAUUGGAAGUGGAAAGGUAUUUGCCACAACUGGUUAUGGGAUUGCUCUGCAAAAAAAUUCCAGAUGGAAGCGAGCCAUUGACUUGGCCCUUUUGCAGUUUCUGGGUGACGGAGAUAUACACAAGUUACACACUGUCUGGCUGACAGGGAUCUGUGAGAAGGAGAAGAAUGAGGCGAUGAGCAGCAAACUCGAUAUCGAUAACAUGGCUGGUGUCUUCUAUAUGUUGCUCGUGGCCAUGGGCCUCAGCCUGCUCGUCUUUGCCUGGGAACAUUUGGUGUAUUGGAAGCUGAGGCACCAUGUGAAAGAAGCUAGCAAAACUGAUUGUCUGCUAGCUGUCAGCAGGGGAGUUUACAGCUGUUUCAGUGGUGUCCAGGUGGUCCCCAGCCCACUCCACAUUGCAUCUCCUAUCAUCUCUUCCAACUUUUCUCAGGCCAGCGUGCUGAAGAUGCUACAAGCUGCCAAGGACUUGGCCUCCUCCACAAAUAUAGAAAGUUCUCUGGAGAGUGAACCCAAGGCCACAGGGUUGUGGGCACCGGCAGGUGAUGACAUUGCCAGUGAUCUUCCUAAAGGCCCAUUGCAGAAUAUCAAAGGCGCACAUUCCACCGAGAGGAGGCCUACUGCCAGCGUACUGCCCACCCACUACCCAUCAUUGCUAAGACCCCCAACAUCGGUUUCACACCCACUCACUGCCGUCAGAACAUCUCCCGACAAAGAGGCAGUCUGGCUGAAUCAGACAGUUACUAAAUACAAACACAGGUCAAUCAGCAAUCGUCUUACUCCAAGGUCAACUGUAAACAACAUCCCACAUCCCAUUUGUCCUAGUGAGCUUCCCAUGCUUUCUCAACACAGCAAGGAAUUUGAUGAGAGAAAGAAUAUGAAGUCCUCUAGUAUCCCAUUUAUCUACAGUGAUGAAUAUUUACAGGAUAUUUACAACAGAAAAUAUUUCAGAAGGAGACUUCCCUUGCCUUGCAGGAAGCUAGCCCAUCCUACAGACACUGCAUCUGGUCAGAGUGGGUCAGAGGUCACUAUCCUAAAACCUUCCGUUGGAAUGGAUGAGAGAUGGCUUAUGGCAAACCUGCAUCCCUGUGUUUCAUAUUCCAGGCAGGAAAACCACAGGCCCUGCAGCAGGUGUUACCCUGGGCUGCAACCACAGAAACUACCCCUAAUGACCAGGCGAUCAUCAUACAUUAGAGCAACAAAGGGCGAGGAGGAAACCACAAGAUUUCAGGUCAAACUAGCAAAUUUGAAGUCAGGGUCACAAGGAGAGGUUGUUGGGCCAUUCCACAGUCAUGACAGUAAGAUUCUGAAACCUGAUAGGAAAACUACCAAUGUCAGGGAAGGACUCCCAGACCACAGGAGGAGGCAUCUGGACCUCAGUACACCCAGAAAGCUCAAGUAUUCGCUGUCUGCCAGGCUUCCCUCCUACAGAGAGGCCUGUCUGCAAAGCUCAGCGAGCCUGAGAUGUGCCUCCCUGGCACUGCAGCAUCACUCAUGGCCCAGGCCCUCUCUGUAUGUCUGGCAGCAGAGAUGGGGCUCACAGCACCACCGCUGGUUGGCUGGCUCUGAGGACUGCUCCUGUGACAGGAGCAUUCACAUGAAGUACUUGGAAAGAAAGACCAUGCACCAGGGCAGCACUCUCAGGCAUCCCGCAGUUGGCACAUGCAAGACCAUCCAACGUGGAACAAGGGCCACAAGCAGCUUCAACCUGGAGCUGAGAAGUGCAGAAGACAAUUCCCCUCGUUUGAGAAAAUGCGCGAGGAUUUUAAGCUUGGAAUCUGAGGUAUAG